AUGACCAAACAAGAGCGACACGAGUUUGAAGGUUCAACAGCAGUUUCUCCCGCCACAAUCAUUCGUCAUCAAACGCGUCAACUUUGGCGACCCCACGGAUGGAAUCUACGGGGAAAGUCGAGAGGCAUAGGUCGAAUUCGAACCACGGACCUUGCGGUCAGUAAAUUCGCGCUCCAACCACUUGGGUCAUCUAGCCCCCACAUACAGGGACUUAACUGCCAUAUAGGUAUGACAGAAGAAAGCCUCAGUAAACAAUGGAAAGAAAAGACAAGGGACUUAGUGCCUACGCCAUUGGGCAGCCUCAAACUAAGUACAUCUCGGCGUCAUGUCGAAAUUUACGUCAUCAGAAUAAAUGCUUUCGGUGCAGAUUUAUCUUCCGGUAGCGUAUUUCACAUGCCAAACUUUGAACACAAUACUCCCACAUCCAGCACCACUGACUACGAUGGCUCGGUCAUAUGCUAUGUAUGCCGAGAAGGCUUAGCAAGAAUGCACUCACCGGAAGGCCCGUGGUUCGAACCCGACCACUGGCUCUCGACUUCCCCUGUCUGGGCUUGGGAAAUCUGGCAGUAUCCCAGCCCUCGUGCUUCUUUAUGGUGGCAUGGUAGCUAG